GAUUAAUGAGGCUCGCGGUCGUAAUACCUCUCCACCCAAGUAGAGAGCAGCAGUGUGACUUUAUUGUACUUCCAUACGCUACAGUCAAAACAAGAAGAAGAAUCAAUUUCAGCGAAAUGUAACUAGCUAGCUAGCUGGCUCACAAAACCUCCAUAUGUGUUUGCAAGUUCAUAUAUAUCUCGGGGCUUCAUGCAUUUAGUGUUGGAGUUGUUUUUCCAAAAUGCAUAACGUCAGGAUUUUCAUUCCAUCGUUCCGUUCAGAGGACAAUCCGAUUGAGAAAGGGUACACGGUCUUUAAAAUCGACGUGCUAAUGAAUGGCAGACAGCAUACAGUGAAGAAGCGCUACAGUGAAUUUCAUAAUCUCCAUAAAAUACUGAAGAAGAGUAUGACGCCUCCUGAGAUACCCUCUAAGCAUGUACGGAACUGGAUUCCCAAAGUUCUGGAGCAGAGAAGACAUGGUCUGGAACUAUAUCUACAGACUAUAAUUAUGGAGAAUGAAGUUCUCCCAAAGAUAUUCCUGGAUUUCCUCAACAUCCGCCACUUUCCCUCACUGACAAAAACAGAAAGUUGUGGGUCAUUUGAAACUGAAUCUGAAGAGGCAAGUAAACUGACCCACCAACCAGCAAUGCUCUACCAUAGAGACCCCUACAUGCUCCCAUCCUCCCAAGAUACAUUUUCAAAUGUUGUCGUAGAAGGAGUGAUACAUGGAAUAUUCUUCCCAGACCUUCAACCAAGGUAGAGUUACUGUUUGCCAGCUUGGAGGACUUACUAGUAACUCAUGAAGAGAAAGAGAAGAUUAAGAAAUUAACAGCUUGUAUGAGUCAAUUUUGUAAACAUUCUAAUAGUUGUGUGUUUAUGAUAUAAUAUUUUGUGGUUUGUUUCUGUGUUAAUGGAUAUCUUGAUAAUAUUUUAGAUGAAACGACUCAAAGAAAUGCAUUUUCUGAAUGAUUGUUAUUCAAAGAUGAACACUCAUGAUGUUAUGACAACAUUUAAGAUAACGCAUAUAUUCAGCCUCAUGGACCCACAGGCUGUAUCCAUCUACUAAUGGUCUUUCACUCAAAUUAAGGUGAGACCUUGGAAGUUUUACACAGUGAAAUAACAUUACUAGGUCAAACACUUAACUCUAAUAUAUUAGCUAUGAAUUAAUGAAGGGCAACCGAUCAAACAUUUCAAACAUGUGAUUAAAAAGCUGAAAUAUAAAAAGGGAAACUGAACAUGUACUGUCAGUGUAAUAAGAUGUCUUAUGUUGGUCUGCCUUAUCUCAACUUUGUGUGUGUCCCUUUCUAUUUUAAAGAAGAUCCAUGUGGUUCGUUGUUGCUCUUUUUGAACGUGGGACUGCUGCUGUAAACUUACAAGGCCAUUUACACGCCAGUCAGUUUUGAUCCAAUUUAAAGUGAUUGACGCUGUACAGAUCUAAACUCUUCGUGAUGCUGUAGUGUUCAGCAUAUGGUAAUGCUGUGUGUGUAAUUGAUAAGCCUCAUACACAGCUGAUGCUUUUUCGUAGUAAGUCCAGCUUAGUUGGUCUGACAUUACUUUGCGCUUGUCAUUCAUUAGACAAUUAUGGAUGGCUAAUAAUAUAGACACUCUGAAAGACAUGGUCUGGACUUUCUAUUGACUAGAAUUCUCUGCCAUCCUUGAUAUUUCUAUCCGAUGUGGUCUCUGAAUUGAGACCGUGUGAACAUUAAAACACUUAAAGCUAGAAUCCUUUAUUAAAACAGUGGUAAUCCUGCAUCUGUUUCAGUAAAAAGCUGAGGGAUAGGGCAGGAUAAAUGUUGCCACCAUCUUUGAUAUCAGCAUUCGUUUUAGCUAUAUUUUGAGGAUAGUUUGUUUACAUUUACAAACAUUGGAUUAAAACAAGCUUAUAUUUUGGGUUCUGAUGGGUAUGGCUGUCAGGCAUUUUUAAGUUGUAUUUUUCAAGAAUGAAUUGUUAUGUAAGGGAUAAACACCAACUUUCAGUACAUUACCUUGGAAAUAAUGGAUGAUGCAGUCCCUUCGAGGUUCAUUCUUCCAGGGUAAUGUACAGAACAGAGGUGUUUACUCCGCUUAUACCACAGUUGCCAAAGAAAACAAUACUAAAGCACACAUUUAUAGGUCAAAAAUAGCAUGUUUAUUUUCAUUUCGAUGUGUGAUUUCACCUGGUAAUAACUAAGGAUUCUAGCUUUAAAGUAGAGGAUUUUCCAUUUGUUAAAUGAGAAGUGAACUUGGGUUAGUUGAGCAGUCAUGUAUAGAACUGUCCACUUCAACUGAGAUAAAAUCAUGCCUGUGUUGACAAAUCCAGCUGUUUUUGUUUCUACUUUGUAUGUGUAUGUCUUGUACAGUAUGUAUCUUGUGCCAUGACACCCGAGUAAUGAUACUGUAGCACUUUACAGAUCACUGUGCUCUGCCUAAAGUAUCAUGAUUAAGACUGAUGGCAAUAAAGCAUGACAUUUCCUUAA